CCGAGGUGAGCAAGGCAAGGAUUCCCACCUGGCUUCGGAGAUCGAAGGGAAAGCUCUUAUGGGAUCAGAGCAGGUAGAAAUGCGCAAAAGGCAGACCUCUGCAUCUCAGGAGAUACCAAGCUCUCUACUUGCCCAAUCUGGGAUAGAGACUCAAGGCUCUAAUCCCUGCUGCUUCUGCUGGUGCUGCUGUUGCAGUUGCUCCUGUCUUACUGUUAGGAAUCAAGAUGAAAGUACAAGGGCAUCAGCACCUGAAAUUGGAUCAGAAAUGGUUCCAUACAUUGAACAAGGCUCAACACCAUCUUUGGAAGAAGCAAGUGCUUGGAGGCAUUCCUUUGACAAACUGAUGGCAACACCUUCAGGUCGAAAUGCUUUCAGAGAAUUCCUUCGGUCAGAAUACAGUGAAGAAAACAUGCUUUUCUGGCUGGCCUGUGAGGACUUAAAACAGGAAACCAGCAAGAAUGUAAUUGAUGAAAAAGUCAGGCGAAUAUAUGAGGAUUAUGUUUCCAUUCUUUCUCCGAGAGAGGUCAGUCUGGACUCCAGAGCAAGAGGAAUUAUUAACCGGAACAUAAUGGAACCAUCGAUACAUACUUUUGAUGAAGCACAAUUCCAAGUUUAUAUGUUGAUGCUCAGAGAUUCCUACCCUCGGUUUGUGAACUCUGCUAUUUACAAAGAAUUAGUUUUGGCACAUUUUCAAACAACUGCUAAAUCAUAGAAUUUAAAUUUAUUCUGCAUCUAACUACCUAUUUACACAAAUAAAACUUUGGCUUACCAUCCAUGAAUAUGGGUUUUAGAAUCAACAAGCUGAUUACCGGUACAUAACAGUAAUUCAGUAAGAAGUGCAUCUUAAUACAAUUAUAACAGUGUUCCAAAGUUUACAAAUUCUAAAACUUCACAUUAUUUCCUGAAUUUUAAAUAGUUCUGCCUAAAUCAUAUGGAUUAUAUGGCUGAUGGAAGAUAUAUAGAAAAAAAUGUUAACAGCAGGAACAUGCACUAUAGUAAAAUUCUGAAAUGUAUACACAGCUUUUAAAU